AGUUUGCUCUCCUAGGACAGCACUAAAGAAUUUUCUUUUUACUGCAUAAUACUUACUGCUAUAAUUCUGAAAUUUUUAUUCUGAAAAUCAAAAGUGUUUUUACAAGGAAACUGGACCUUUAAUUCCUUCUUUUGUUGGUGCCACUUAUCAGGUCAGAUUAUUAAACAUAACUGACGUGUGUGAAAGAAGCGUGGAGAAAGUCCCAGAGUAUCUUAUGAUCGGGUAUUUAUAGUGAGCUAUUAAUGGACAUGGGCUCUGCAGAGGUUGCUUACAAUCCUGAAAAUGUCACUUUCAACUUAAUAAUCACUUCUUCAAAGGCUGAGAUUUUCCCUCUUUCAGAAGAAGUGAUCCAUGUUGUGCUGAUUUGCCAUGAAUAAUUCUGUGUAUAUGGUCGAUGGUGAUUCUGAUGAGGAAAUCCAUACCCAGCAAGCUAUUCAGGAAAGCUUACAAGACAGGCAUAAAUUUGAAACAAGUGGCAGUGCAACAGAGGUUGAAAGUUUCCAGAAUACUGCAAGUAAAGAACAUGAACAGAUCAUUGCAGCAAUUCGGACAGGCCAAGAGGAGGCCUUGAAGAAGUUGGUGAGGCACAGUUCUGCUUUUGAAGAAGCAGAUCAGCAAGGCUGGCUUCCUGUGCAUGAAGCUGCAGCACAGCUAAAUAAAAACAUCCUUGAAAUAACUUUAAAAGCCUCCCGUGACAUUACGUGGGAACAGUCCACUCUAAAAGGGGAAACACCUCUCUUGGUGGCAGUAAGAAGUUGUUUUGUGGACAAUGUCCACUUUCUCCUGCUCAAUGGCUGCAAUCCCAAUGUUAAAGAUGAAGAGGGAGAUUCUCCUUUAGUUAUAGCAAUUAAACGUGACUCCUAUGACAUUGCCUCCUUGUUGCUACGAUCUGGUGCCAGAGUGAAUUUGCGCUGUGUCCAUGAGAGAACUGCUCUGCAUGAGGCAGCCAGACUGGGCAGGAGGGAUCUGGUACAGCUCCUCCUGGAUUCUGGAGCAGAUCCUGACCCCCGCAGUGGAUAUGGGCUCACACCUCUAGCACUGGCUGCACAGAUGGGACAUACAGAAAUUAUGGAGCUCUUACUGCAAAAAGGUGCAGAUGUUCUUUCACAGGCAAAGGACUGUGCUUCUAUAUUGUUUGAAGCAGCAGGAGGAGGAAAUCCAGAUUCUGUGAGUCUUUUACUAGAAUAUGGGGCUGAUGCCAAUGUACCAAAGCACUCGGGUCAUUUGCCAAUCCACAGAGCUGCAUAUAGAGGACACUUUCUAGCUCUAAAAUAUUUAGUUCCAGUGACUGAUUUUGCUGCCAUUAAAGAAAGUGGGAUAAGUCCAGUUCACUCAGCAGCAGCAGGAGCACAUCCUCAGUGCCUUGAAUUUCUCCUCCAGUCAGGUUUUGAUGCCAAUUUUAUGCUGGCUCAGAGAGUUCGCAAAGGCUACGACGACCACCGGAAAUCAGCCCUGUACUUCGCUGUUUCCAACGGGGACAUCUGCUCCACACAGCUGCUGCUGAACGCCGGAGCCCUGACUAACCAAGAUCCCAUCAACUGCCUCCAAAUAGCCUUGAGAAUGGGCAACUACGAGUUAAUGAAUCUGCUGCUUCGCCAUGGGGCCAACGUCAACUACUUCUGCCGCGUGAACACCACGCAUUUCCCAUCGGCUCUGCAGUACGCCCUCAAGGAUGAGGUCAUGCUGAGGAUGCUGCUGAGCUACGGCUACGACGUGCACCGCUGCUUCGACUGCCCGUGGGGCAGCGGGGACCACUCCCAGUACGUGACCGACGGCUGGACCUCCACCGUUAUCAAAGACACCAUGUUCUGUGAAGUGAUAACCUUGUCCUGGCUGAAGCACGUGUCUGGGAAAGUAGUGCGAGUCAUGUUGGAUUACGUCGAUCACGUUAAGAUUUGCUGGAAGCUCGAAGCAGUUCUCAAAGAACAGGAACUCUGGCCAGACAUCCACUUCAUUUUAACAAAUCCUCGCUCUCUGAAGCACCUUUGCCGUCUGAAGAUCCGGGCGUGCAUGGGCCGGCUGCGUCUCCGCUGUCCUGUCUUCAUGACCUUCCUACCCCUGCCAAACUGCUUGAAAGACUACAUCCUGUACAAGGAAUAUGAUCUUUAUGGACAGGAAAACUUCACAGGGGUCUACAACCUCAACUGUGCAUAAGAUUAGUCCUGUACUUUGAAGGGAAUUUAACGUGGAUAAGACUGUUAUGCUUUUUUCUUUUGGGAUUUUCUCUCCUCUGUAUAUUAAGGAAUGCCAGCAUUCUCCCCUCACCCCCUGAAGAAAAUGGUGAGACCCCCAAAAUGUAAGUAUUGGUGAUCUCAUUCUAAGGAUCUCCUGGACUAUGACCUAUCUGGAAGUUAUGGCAACAGCAUUUUAAAUGCCUAGUGUGACAAGUUAAAGAAGUGUAAAAUACAGGGCUGUAAGCCUUGUGUUAUGGCUAAGUUAGAGCCUGUCAUAUCAGAUACCACUACCCCCAUUCCAGGGUUGAACUCAGGGUUUAGUUAAAGGUCAGGAAUUGUACUAAAAUCAGGAAGGGAAGUAGUUUUCUCUUGUACUUCUUCCCUUCUCUUGCCAAGUAGUUUUUAUUAGUGAAGUCCUACAGUGAAGUUCUGAAGAGCAGUGUAAGCAAUUCUUUUCUUCACCCAACAAAGCAAUCUUCCAUUCUAGGCAAUGAACUGGGAUUAAGCUUGAGAAACCUCUGCUUAUCACAGCAGGUCAUGUGAAAUACCAAUAUUUCAACAAGCUGGCACUGCUGAAAGCUGUGUUAGUUUGCAGCUCCUUCUCAGGUACUGAUGUCUCAUCCACCAUGAACUUGGACUAUUCUCUCUAGAACUGGGUUUUCCUUACACCGUGCUGUCUAAAGCCAUGCUUGCAAUUUUUGGAGUUUCUCUCUAUAGAGGUGGAGCUUAAACUUUUGGAGCCCUGUCAUUUUAGGAUGAUUUACAGAAGUCUUAGAAAGACCUACAACAUGCCUGUUACUUCUAAAAAUACUGCAAAUGUCAGCUCCUAUUUUAGUAAAAAAGAAGUUCAUCAACACA